AUGCAUACUAUACCUUAUCUGACCCCACCCCGACGACGCGAGUACGAUGCCACGCGCGCCUACGAAGAAGCUCAGGAAGAAGUCGACGAAGAGGUUCCUCAAGAUGGAUCCGGUGGAUUCUCAUGGUCCAGUUUUGGAUUCGGUGAUCAUGAAGAACGCGAUGCUCAUCAGUUUGGUUCUGUGUUCGAAGAAAUGCUCCGUGAAGAGGGACUAGCGGAAGAAGAUGGCCAGCAAACUCGUCCUAACUCACGAUUCUGGGCUGUUGUUGGUGGUGUAAGUGGUGGUGCUCUCGGUUUUAUUGUGGGUAAUUUUGCUGGUGCGUUGGCUGGAGCUGUUGCGGGGAAUCGUCUUGGUGCCGUACGUGAUGCCAAGGGCAAAAGUGUCUAUGAGGUUUUCUUGGACCUUCCACUGCAGGAUCGAACACGGCUCUUGAGUGAACUUGCAGCCAAAGUUUUCCAGUCUACUAUGGGUCACUAG